GGCCGGGCCCGGCCUCCGCUCCACUCAGACCGGCCGCCGGCAGCCGGCAGUGCCAGUUCCCAGUGCCGUGUCAGCGCGAGGAGCCACAGCAGCGUGCGUCGUCUGCUCGUCGUCUGCUCGUCGCCGGGUCGUCUGCUCGUCAUCUACACGUUACCGCGUCGUCUGCUGGUGGACAGUACCGCCGCCUCCUUCGCAGCCAAUCGACUCGUGCCUGCAAGUCCCUGCCACCUGACCCGUGAGGUCCCGGAAAACCUGGAGAUCCUGGAUGUCCUGGGGGAGGCUUGGCUCGUGAAAAGGCCGCCAGGCUGUGUCUGCCUCUCUCGUAUCACCGCCUGCCCGAUCAUUCCCACAAGAUGUGUGGCGCCAGCUCGUGGUGCGUGCACGUGGCCGUGGCCGUGCUGGUGGCGUUCGCGUGCCUCGAGGUGUGCCUGGCCGCGGCGCAGCGAGACCCUCGGCACGCGCGGACCGGCACGUCGGGCAGCUCCACCUACUGCGGCAGCCGCCUGUCCGACGCGCUCAAGUUCCUGUGCAACGGCCAGUACAACUCGUACUUCAAGACCAACAAGACGCCCCCUCCAGAGGAGUACUGGGCGCCGCCCGUGCAGCUGCCGUUUCGCGACCGCCUGAGAGCCGCGUCGCUGCUGGAGUCGCGGACGCAGCGGACGCGCGUCACCAGGGGCGUCUUCGACGAGUGCUGCUCCAAGUCGUGCACCAUCGACGAGCUCAUGGCCUACUGUGAGCUGCGGGAUUAGCCUCUCAAGUAUCGCUAUUCGAAUAGUCCUUUUUAUUAAUUGAUUAGUCAAUGUUAAAGUUAAUUGUCUUUACACUCAUCAUUUUUAUCGGCAUUUCCUUGUUUUAAAAAAUUAUAUGCAUCACUUGUUAAUUUGUCUUAUCUCUCGUCUCCCCUUCACAUCUACUGUUCCUGUUCCCUGUUCCCUCAUCGAUGUCUUAUUUCAUAUCUCUGUUUCCUUGUCAUUUUUCCUCCUUGCCCCUAUCUCACAUGCCUUCAUCCCUUCUGUACAACUUCAUACCCUCCUUUACUUUAAUCUUCACUUUCUCCAUUUUCUUCUUUCUGUUAGUAUUUAUUGAUGUGUACCACUGGAGCCCAAAGCUCUAUCUAAAUAGUGUGUCUAGUGAUCAUUGGCUUCACUUAGAAGCUUUUUUUAUACGUCCAUUCGACUUAAGCUGUGUAAGGUUUAGUUUGUGUGAUAUUGAUGUACAAUCUUUACGAUGAAUUUGAAAUUUUAAUUUAGGUGUCUUUACAUCUCUUGGCAUCCUUUUGUUUUCACAACAUGAAUGUCUGAAUUUUAUUUUUGUUGUUAUUGUUAUGAGUUCAAUAUAAUUGUAAUACAACAUUUAAAACACUCAGAAGAUAGAAUCCAUCUCAGUAGCUGUGUUACUAAUUUAGCUGAGUUAAUAGGUUUUGUACAUCAGCUAUGCUGAUGUAGCCGGUGAUAUAUAAUGAUAUCGGGUGUAUAACGUGAUAUUGACUUAUAUACAGACCCGGAAGGUGGACCAAAAAGAUGAGAAAAAAAUGAGGAAAAAAAAGAUAUUUUAGAAUAAAAUGUGUAAAUGAGGUUCCUGUACAUUACUUUAUCCUUUGUUUUUAAACUGGCUAGUGAUGCAAGCUCUAUGUGUAUUUAUAUUUUGUGUUGCAAGUAUGACAUGAAUUGUAAGUGGGACUUUAUAUAUUUUUAAUGCUUUAAUGGUUUGCAUAUGUUGUCUUUACUAACUGCAUAUGAGAACAAUUAAGUGAAACUGAGUAUACAAUUGUAUUAAAUGAUCCAUGAUAAUGAUCUCAUGCUGAAGUUGUUUCUCUACACAUCUUUGAAGGAAUGCCCUUGACUGCAUGUGUCAUAAGUCCCGGAAAUGCAAUAUUGUUCUUGGAAAAUAUUGCUAUUACUUCUUUUUUUAUUAUCUCUAUAUGAAGAUAAUGUCUAACCUUUUCAAGAAAAAUUACUUGAACAGUCAAGAAUUGUUAUAAAUAAUGAUUUUCUGUGACUGCUUCUUACUGUAUCUUAAUAUCUGUGAUGAAUGCUGCCACCAUGCCCUAUAUUUGAUCUUCUAACGUUUACUAUUAAUGAGAUUUGCUUUACAGUGGUUUUGUUCCAAACUGUGGUGGUCUGAAAGAAAUAAAAGAUAUGAGAGCAUGUCA